GAAUUUAAAUUUAAAUUAAAAAGUAAUGGAUUUUUAAACAAUUUUUUUUGAAUAAUUCCGAUUUUCUGUACGCGUGGAAAUGUGAAGUGAUCAUCGCUUUUUUUUAUUUGUAACGGAACACAUUCCGAAAAAGUUGCGAGAUAAUUUUGUGUUAAUUUGUGUGAUUAAAUUGAACGAAAUUAUCCGAUUUAUAGUUGAAUUAGCCGAAAAUGAUGGCGAUUGAUUGAAAUAAAACAACAACAAAUAUGAUCGUUGUGGAAUUUUCAGAUGCUAUUGAUAGUUAAUAGAGAUCAUUAUUUACAUAGCACGCUUUAAAUCAAUCGACAAAAUGAAAAUCAACAACAACGGCAUCCAAUGAAAAUCAAAAAGGAUUAUUAUUUCGGAAAAUUUGAAUGGCAUGGGGCAUGAUAUGUAUUGCUGCAUGUAAAGUACACCAAAUUUUAAAAAUAGCUACAGUGUUUGCGCGCGAGAGAGAUCUCUUUUUUUUCGCUCCCACUCCGAGAGUGCAUCGUGUGUGCAAAUAAACACCAUUCAAUAAAAAUAAUUUCAGACCGAGAGAGAGAGAAACUGCAAAAAAUUCGUAGCACAUGCACUCUGCUGCGUUUGUGACUAAAUCGCGAAAGGGACGAGAACAAAAACAAAUAAACCAAAAUGUGUGAAAUAAGUAAGCAACACGAUAGAGACGAAGAAAAAAAGAAAAAAAAUGAACGCAAAAAUAUUUAAUUAUUUAAAAAAAUAAAUGUCCCGUUGUAAACAAAAUUAAAAUAAAAUAAAAGGAAAGAAAAACACACACUCAUACACCAAACGAUAUAUAAAGCCAAUUUUUUGCUUGUCACAGUGCUAAACAGGAUUUUAACAUUCACAACAAUAAAUACGAACAGAAAAAAAACUAACCGACAACAACUUUUAUGACUUUGGCUAUGAAGAAAGAUUGUGUUCGUGAGACAAGAAUGAAAGAGAAAAAAAGUAGUGUGUGUGUGUGUCAUAAAAACGGAAAAAUUCAAGGAGAUUUCUUGUAAUAGAUGGAAAUUUGAUAUUUAAUUUGAUCAUUCUCUGAGUAACAUAUAGCGCAAAAAAAAACAAGACCGACAAGAUAGUCGUAAACAACGUGACUCAACGGAUUUCAACAGAAUUUUUUUGUCAGCCAUAAAUAUAUGCAGAUGCUCUCGAAUCUCUUAGAAGAGAAUGUCCGCAAAAACAUCACCACUAUUGAUGAAGAUUAAAAAAGAAGUUAACGAAGAAAUCAAGGAAUACGCUGAAUCAGCGAUGAAUGAGCUGCUCGGCUGGUAUGGAUACAACAGUAAUAGUAACAACGACCAAUCAACUGAACGAUUCAAUAGUUUAACAAACACCAGAAUGUCAACACCCAAUUUUGCACAAUGUUUAUCGCAGUCAACGACUGGUGGUGGUAGUGGCGGUGCUAGUGCAUGUCUCGUUAAAAAUGGAAAACUAACGAAAAGCCUAUCGAUGGACGAUAUCGAUGAUACAACCGAUAGCAUGUCGGCUGUUGAUGAGCUGGCAAAGAUGUCACCGCAAAUGAAUAAAGACGGUGUUACAACAGCAAUAACCGAUAUCACCUCUGAAAAGUCACCGCUCAGGUCACACACACAAUACUCAGAUGAAUGUGGCUGGUGUAAGCGAGUUAUACCAAUUGGUUCAUCCGAAUUUUCGGCAACAUCGGAAGGAUUGAAAUUCUGUUCGGAAUCAUGUUUCUCGCAAAGUCGUCGAUCGGCAUACAAACAGAAAAAGACUUGUGAUUGGUGUAAACAUAUUCGUCAUGCAGUUAGCUAUGUGGAUUUUCAAGAUGGUGCAUCACAACUACAAUUUUGCUCCGAUAAAUGUUUGAAUCAAUAUAAAAUGCAAAUUUUUUGCAAAGAAACACAAGCCCAUUUGGAUUUAAAUCCACAUUUAAAGGAUACCGCCAAAUCAUCGAAUGAAAAUUUAAUUACACCCGAACUCUGGAUGCGAAAUUGUCGAAGUCGGUCAUUGACACCGGAUCAAAGAUCAAAUGAUUCUCGAACAACAACCGAAUCACCCAUUACAAUAACGGUGGCCAGCACUAAUACAGUGCCUACGAUAAAAGUAGCGCCCGCAUCAAAGUUACUAUUGUGCGAUCGCGAUACGAUAAAACGACAAUCACGAGAUGAAUCAACAACCGAAUUGAAAAACUAUUCACAUUUUACGACGCAAAAAACACGAACGCUACGAAAACGUCGUACAAAUCAACGACUCAGCUCAAAUUCAAGCAGUAUUAUUUCAAAUCUAUCGGAAAAUACAAACAAUAAUGAUAACAACAAUGAAAAUCGAAACAUACAUGCAAAACUGCAUCAUUCGUCACCGAUUGAGAAAAAUCGCAUAAAUAAUUUGUUGCAACCGUCGAUGAUGUCAAGUAUGCCUGCUGUUUCAAAUAUUUCACCGUCAUCUUUGGCAACAGUGAAAAAUCCACAGAUUGAUGAUCCAAGUGCAACCGCAUUUUUGCAACGUUAUCAAUUAAUGUCACAACAAGGACCACCGCCGCCGCCGCCACCUACCAAUUUUAUUACAAUGUCCGAAAAUCGAUCAUUACAAAAUGCACUUCGACAAUCGGCACCAUUUAUUGCACCAUUAAUUUCGAAUCAUGGUUAUCCGGAUGGUGGUCAUCAUUUAUCGCCGCAUUCAUAUCCAACUGAACCAAUGCAAAUUCCGUUGACAAAAUUAUUACCAAUGCAACCACAGCGACAACAACGCGUCGAACCGUCAUCUACUUCUGGCACCGGUCGAAAGCCGGCUUUUGUAACCGAACAUAAUCCCAUUUAUUUUAUGCAACAACAUCAAAAAUCACAAGCUCUCAAUGAUUUUGUAAGCCAUGUAUUUGGAACGGUAACGCCACCAUCAACAAUUUUAAUGCCAUAUCCUGUUAUUUUGCCCAUACCGAUACCGUUGCCAAUUGAAGCAUUUUUAAAAGUUGCCGAAUUAAGAAAGUUGCCAAAUGAUAAGCCAAAUUCGAACGGACAACAGGAUCAUCGACACAGCCAUAGCUGUACGAAUGACGAAGAAAGCCAUGAUAUUAAAGCGAAUUCAAAUGAUCAACCGCUCGAUUUUACAAAAGAUACCAUUCGCAAUGAAGAAUUUAAAUUGACCGACGAUGAAUCGGACAAUGAAGAUGCAAACGCAACAUCAAGUGCAAACAAAAAUGAUGCUGGUGGCAAAGGUGACACAAUGAACAAAUUUCGAGUGUGUCAACAAUCUAUAAAACGUGCUGGUACAUUUACCAAAGACCAAAAAUCCGAGAAUAAUCGACCAUUGCGUAAACGAAAGCGAAUCAUUGACUGCGAUUACAUGCGAUUGAAAGAUGUUAAUUGUAAUUCAACAUCAAACGAUUCAAAAAAAUCCAUUCAAAAUUGAACGAAUAUUUAGAAUAUAAUCAUUAUCUCAUUGUAGGGUUGCUAAACACAAUUAUUUGAAUUUUAUAUUAACUUUAAAGAAAACAAAAUUAUGUUCAAUGUAAAACAAUGAAAAUAAAUGGGCGAAAGAAGAACAAACACUAUAAAUUUAAGUUGAAUA